AUGGCUGCUGAUGCUGCGGUAGUUUCCUCCUCACCUCAUCCCUGCCGCCUGCUGUCGUUUCACCUCUUCACCCUUCUCAUCCUCCUCUUCUUUCUCCCAGCCCAGGCGAAGGGAUUGCUUGGCGUCCGCCCAGAGGACACUAAAGCCGGGGAGCUGUCAGUGCAGGACGGGCUGCUCCAGGCGACCGAGGGUACGCGCUUCAUGCUGCGGGUUUACUACGCAGCAUCCUCGGUUACACAGAGAGCCAACAACCACUCUGGGAGUGGAAGACCAGAAGCUGCCGCACCAUGGAUCGCCUUCAUAGAAGAACCAGGUGGAGAGCGAAAGCGAGGAGAGGGAGAGACACUGGUCCCUCCCAAACGGAACCCGUGCGUGGACGAGCACGCUCGGAGUUCUGACAUCGAGCUCCUGGGUUCCUUCAGGUCUGCGUCCAGCCACAGCUCUGUUCUGGUGGAGCUGCUCGCCAAAGACCUGCGCAAAGAUGAGCGGAUCAAAUACUACUCCAUGUGCGCGUUUGACGGGGUGAAGUGGGAGCAUUUCAGCACCAGAGACUUCUGGCUAGCGGUGGUGGAGCGACCCCCGCAUGCGGAUGUGUGGCUCCAGUUGGGGGUGUCGGUGAUUCUAUUGGGACUCUCUGCGCUUUGCAGCGGGCUGAACAUCAGUAUGCUCGCCAUGGAUCCCGUCGAACUCCGCGUUCUACAAAACAGCGGCACCGCGAAGGAACAAAAAUACGCACACAAGAUCGAAUCCGUGCGUAAACAUGGCAACUACAUCCUAUGUACUGUGGUGCUGGGCAACGUGCUGACCAACACCUGUUUCGUGGUGUGGAUGUGCCAGAUUAUAGGGAUGACUCCCACCUCCCUUGCUACUUGCACUUUCGGUAUAUUCUUCAUAGGAGAGAUCCUGCCUCACUCUGUGGCGUCCAGACACAGCCUCGCCAUCGCCUCCAAAACCAUCUGGGCCACCCGGCUUCUAAUGCUGGUCUCCUUCCCCAUCUCCUACCCCAUCUCCAAGCUCCUAGAUAUCAUGCUUCACCAGGAGAUCAGUAACUUCUACACCAGAGAGAAACUUGUGGCCAUGCUCCGCGUCACAGACCCCUACCACGACCUGGUCAAAGAGGAACUUAACAUCAUCCAGGGCGCUCUGGAGUUACGCACCAAGACCGUAGAAGAAGUUCACACCCCUCUGGCGGACUGUUACAUGCUCUCCUCGGAUGCUGUUCUAGACUUCUGUACUAUGUCUGACGUCAUGCAGAGCGGGUUCACCCGGAUCCCGGUCUAUGAGAACGACAGGUCCAACAUCGUUGAUAUCCUCUUCGUCAAAGACCUGGCGUUCGUGGACCCGGAUGACUGCACCCCGCUGAAGACCAUCACCCAGUUCUACAAACACCCCAUGCACUGUGUGUUCAGAGACACCAAACUGGAUGUGAUGCUGGAGGAGUUCAAGAGAGGUAAAUCCCACCUGGCUAUAGUCCACAGGGUGAAUAGUGAAGGGGAGGGAGAUCCAUUCUACGAGGUCCUGGGAAUCGUUACUUUGGAGGAUGUUAUCGAAGAAAUCAUCAAGUCUGAGAUUGUGGACGAGACAGACCUCUACAGUAUGUAUAACAACUCUCUUUCUCUCUUUAUAGAUACACUGCAUGACCAAAAGUUAGCCUUGUUUUCUUUGUUCAGGUAUGCACACGACUCUCUGUCUCUGUCUGUCUCUCUCUCUCUCUGUCUCUCUCUCUGUCUCUCUGUGUGUGUAGAAGUGGAGCCCUUCAAGCCAUGUCAUCUCUCAGAGAAGAUUCUCCUUUGUCUGAUCAAACACCCCAGUGUCGUUCAGGAACUUAAGUUUGACAGGAAGAACAAAGGAGCACCACAGCACUUCCUGUAUAUGAGGAACAAACCUGUCGACUACUUUGUCCUGAUUUUACAGGGUAAAGUGGAGGUGGAGAUUGGUAAGGAGGCUCUUCGUUUUGAGAACGGAGCUUUCUCCUACUAUGGCAUGCCAGCCCUCAUACCACCAUUGUCCAUAGUCAACAGGUUUGGUUCUGGUAGCAGUGGGUUGAACCAGUCAGACUCUGUCCUAUCAGGAGGCAGUGUGGGUCAGCUGAGUAUAGGAGGGGGAGGAGUCUACCUACCUGACUUCUCUGUCAGACAACUCACUGACCUACAGAUUAUAAAGAUCUCGAGGAACCACUACCAGAAUGCACUAACAGCCAGUCUUAUGGACAGUGUACCCCAGACCCCCGAUCCUGAGGGGAGACCCACCAUCCCUGAGACCCGCUCCCACAGCAUCGCCCUGCCCCUGACACACACAUACACUCACCUGCAACCCGUCCUGGAACGACACACGCACACAGAGGACAACACUGGACCACUCACCUCACAGCUCAAUGAGAGGAAUCGCAUUGUCCGCAGUAAGUCAGAUGGACAGAGGAGCCCCAGGGACUCAGUGUUUCUAUGGAUGGAUGACAUUCCCUACAUCCGAGAGGACCGACCGGAAGACUGUCAGGAAGACCAACCAGAGGAGCCACCAGAGAAGAAACCGGAAGACCUCCCGGAAGAUCGAACAAAACACUGUCCGGAGGACCGUCCAGAAGACCGUCUGACAGAUUGCCUGGAAGGCCAUCAGGGAAAAUGGCUAGUAGAAUGUCCAGAAGACCAGCUGGAAGACCAGCUGGAAGACAGGCUAGAAGACCAGCUGAAAGACAGGCUAGAAGACCAGCUGAAAUACCAACUGGAAAGCCAAGAAGGGAAUGAUAACAAGAGGAGUUCCUUGAUGGGAGAAGAAGGUGGAGGAAGGCAUGGAGCAGUCAUCGUCGACCACCUAGCACAAAGCCAGAGAGAAGAGACAACAGGGAAGAUCUAGCACAGAUAAUGAACUGUCUCGCUCUCUCUCUCUCUUUUCCCUUCCUCCCAGUCUUCUACCUACUGGGUACUGGGGUAGAAGUUUAGUUGUGACCACACUGUCGUAUUUAGACAUCCAGAAGAUCAAGCCCUUUCUCUGAACUGUCCACUCCCCAGAUCCAACCUCCCUAACCCUGGAUA